AUGGCGAAUAUAGCAGCACAAAGAAUAAAAAGAGAAUUUAAAGAAGUAUCUGCAAGUGAAGAGGUGGCCAAAUGUUCUAUAAAAAUUGAUCUAGUAAAGAAUAGUUUUUCGGAAUUAAUAGGCACAAUUGCUGGUCCUCCUGAUACUCCAUAUGAGGGAGGAACAUUUCUUGUCGAAAUAAAAGUUCCAGAAACAUAUCCAUUUAAUCCACCUAAAGUUAAAUUCAUGACUAAAAUAUGGCAUCCGAAUAUAUCUUCCGCUACAGGAGCGAUUUGCUUAGAUAUAUUAAAGGAUCAAUGGGCAGCCGCCAUGACACUUCGAACCGUUUUGCUAUCUUUACAAGCGUUACUUUCGGCAGCCGAACCUGAUAAUCCACAAGAUGCAGUCGUUGCAAAACAAUAUAAAAAAUUCCCUGAAUUGUUUACAGAAACGGCUAAACAUUGGACUUUUGUAUACGCGGGACCACACAAGCAUAGCGAAUUCGAGAGCAAGAUAAAACGGUUGUGCGACAUGGGAGUGGAAGAACACAGAGCCAGAGUUGCUUUGUCCACAUACAAUUGGGAUUUGGAACAAGCCACGGAACAGUUAUUUAGCUAG